GAUUCUAGUGUAGACACUAUCUGUCUAACCAAUGAGUGGGUCAGAUUCUGUUGAUGACAGAGCUGACGGUAGGAGACUAACACGUGCACAUGCACUAAGGAUACAGCACGUGUUCCAGGCCUUGGAGCCGGGAGAAGAAAGACGGAUACGUAGAGCCCGUGCUCUAGCAGCAGGAAUACAGGAAGCAAACAGAGCAGCAAGAGAGCAGGCAACAGCAGCCAGAGCAGCUGCGAUGGCUAACGGCGCAAGAUCUGCUACGUCAUCGUCUGCGUCCUCGUCAAGGACUAAUGGGAGCCAGUUGAGAAUGCCAACGAGUUCCACAAGUUCCUCGGGCACUUCCGGUUCCACAGGAUCUAGACAGUCUUCUAGUCAAAUGGCGGGCACGCAGUUCAGCCCGUCGACCCCGCGUGAGAGGGAGCUCAAAGAGAUCCAGCAGGUCGAGAGGCUCCAUCGUAAGUUAGAGCAGGACCUGAAAGAUGCUACCGAUAGAGAAAAUGCGAUGAAAACUAAAGCAGCCAGGGUCGAAACUUUAGAGGUUGAUAAAGCUGAAUUAGAGGGCUUGGAUGAGUCAGCAUUGACUGACCCGCUGAAGGUAUUGAAGAAGAAUAUGUUGUCAUUGCCCGCACACGUGGACAACAAAUUAGACUUCAUGCAGAGCACUCUAGACCAGAUCCUAGAUGCUUUGACAAGGCCAGGCUUCCGGCCACCAACACAAUCGCUGUUGCCGUUAUCGGCGAUGUCAGGCCCCUUUCCAGUUCAAGCUGGUACACGGCCAAGUGGUACGUCUGCAGCAGUCUCACAGACUGUUGCGUCUUCUUCUUCGGGUCCAGCGGUGAUUGCUACAUCACCACAACAACCUGUUCCUCCACAGGGACAGCAGCAAGGGCAUUGGUACCCUAAGACCCCGAUGAAACCGCCUCUUCCCUUCUCAGGGGAAAGAAAGGACGAAGAACUCAAAACUUGGUUGAGAACGGUCCCGGUUUGGGUGAAGGCCAAGAGAACCUUGAUAGAGGACGAAGUGGUAACUGCGGCAUCUUACCUGGAGGGUAAGGCAGCCAAAUGGUUAGAUGGUGUAGUUAUAAAGGCCGGGUAUGGGAGACGCAUGGCGGACUGGGCUAAGUCUAUGACGUUAGACCAGUUUAUGGAAAUGGUAGAAGCUCGAUGGCAUAACCCACAGGAGGCACAAAGGGCCACUGAUGCCAUUAACAAACUAGACCAACGAAAGUUCAAGUCGGUUAGAGAGCUUACGACUACCGUUGAGAGCCUGAUCCUCGUCCCAGUCGCCUCUCCUUUGACUGAUCUAACUCGACUUGACACACCGUGGGACUGGAGUGAUGAGUGCGAUAGUGCUUUCAAGAGAUUGAAGCAUGCACUCAUGAAUCAUGAAGUUCUCAUGGUUCUCGAUCCGCAGAAGCCAUUCAUAGUGACCACUGACGCAAGCCAAUACGGCAUUGGCGCAGUGCUGGCUCAGCAGGAUGGGAAAAAGUUGAGACCGAUUGAGUACAUGAGUAAGAAGAUGCCAUCAAAGAAGCAGGCUAAGUCCACCUAUGAAAGGGAACUCUAUGCUCUCUACAAGGCACUUGUCCACUGGAGACACUUCCUUUUGGGAAGAUUCUUCUAUCUGAGGACUGAUCAUCAGACCCUCAAAUGGAUCAAGACUCAACCGGCUCUUUCUGAUGCACUCAAGCGAUGGAUUGAGGUUAUAGACCAAUAUGACUUCAAGCUUGAGUACCUGAAGGGAGAGUACAACAAGGUUGCAGACGCGCUAUCCCGAAGAGCAGACUACCUAGGUGCGCUAGUUUAUGACUUUGGCGUAUCUAAUGAAGUAACUCAAUCAUUGGUGGGAGCCUAUCAGGAAGACCCUGUCACGAUGGACAUCAUCCGCAAACUUCAGGCAAAAGACAAGGCCACAGAAAGAGAGUUUGUGAUGGUGAACGAGCUAAUCUAUCUUGAUAAGGCCGGAAUAAAGAGAUUGGUAGUUCCAUCUAGUGAACAGUUGCGUAGUUUAUUUUUAGGCGAAUGUCAUGACACAACUGGGCACUUUGGCCGCAAGAAGACGAGUGCUAACUUAAUACAGCGAUUUUGGUGGCCCAGAAUGCUAGAUGACGCAAAGAAGUAUGUUGAGACCUGUCAAGUCUGUCAGCGGGACAAGCCGCGAACUCAAGCACCGCUUGGGUUGUUGAAGCCUUUACCUAUUCCUGAUGGUCCAGGAUUGAGUGUUUCCAUGGAUUUCAUGGACACCCUAGUGACCAGCAAGAGUGUGCCACGUCAGCAACAGUGCCAAGUCAACAGUGCCACGUCAGCAGUGCCACGUCAGCAGCAGUGCCACAUCAGCAGUGCCACGUCAGCAACAGUGCCACGUCACAGUCCACGUCAGCAGUGCCCCGCCACCAUGAUGGGCGCAGCUCUGGGCAUGCCAGGCCAACUGGCCAACGACUUUAUUGCCGACUACAAACAGUGGUUCCAGACUCAGCUCGCACUGAUCGAAGCUGAGGAACAGCGCCAGCUGGUAGCCGAGGCUGCCCGCCUACAGGCUGAAGCAGCGGCAACAGCUGAGAAGCAGCAGCUUCAGGCCGAAGCUGAUGCAGAUACCCAGGCACGCCGAAAGGAAGCCCAGGAUCUUCUGCAGCGGCAUGAAGCCGCCAGCAUCGAAAGACUCAAGCUUUGGCAUUUUGAACCAUCUGAAGGGCAUGACGACGCGACAUCGGAAGAGCAGCACAAGGAAUUCAUGGCCAAGCUCAUAACCAGGUUGGUUUACACUUGUAACCACCUGCAGUCUGAGUUGGCGAACCUCCAGCGGGCCGUAAGGAACCACAAGGCUCAGCACGAGGAUGCAGCACGGGCACUAGAUUCCCGUGUACAGGACUUGGAGCAAGUAGCACCAAGACCGGAGGCUGGCGAGUCCAGCAGUGCACCCUCUGCCCGCCAACUGGAGCAACGCGUCGACCACGUUGUCGCAAUGCUCGUCGACAUCAGCACCUUCGCUGCGCCAACCACCAUCAGCAAACAGCUGGAUACAUUGAAAACCGAGGUUCAGCAACUGCAGCUGCCUAACAAGGAUGGCAACAGCACAACGCAUUAUAAGAUGCCGACAUUCCAAAUUAAGAAGUUCGAUGACUACACGCAUCAAGACCCGACCCGGUUAAGCCACCUGGCAUCCACCCACGGCGUCGACGUCGCAGAUCUGAAAGACAAGAUCUCAUGGGAAGAGUUAACACGGCUAUGGAAGAAGCGGUUCAUCGUGGACGACGCACCUGCACUCGCCAUCAACCGUCUCUUUGGCAUGACACAAGGCAACACAACAACACGUGACUGGCUCACGGAAUGGCAGAAGAUCGCGGCAACGCCUGGUCUCGACUUGCCAUUUUCGCAUCUGCGCCGCGAGUUCUACAACAGGUCAUGUGCUGCAUUGAGCCUUGCACUUGGUGAUCGCGAGCAAUAUGCAACCUUCGCUGAAAUCAUUGACAAGGCGAGGGAGAUCAUCAAGACCAACAGGGCGGCUGCACACGAGAAGUCAACGUGGCAGCCAACCUAUGUGGAGACGGUGAAAACUGGUCCGCGACCGCAGCAGUUCGCUGCAGUCCAAUCGGACAACAUUGUGGAAGACCCGGCAGCCACCCAAGCGUCACGUGAGGGAGAUCAGGUGGCUGCUGUCCAGCCGCGAAGCAACAACAAAUCCCGAGGAAACGGGAAGGUGAAAACCGCAUCGCCGACCGGAAACGGACAGCCAGCAGCAUGGGUCAAGUUUCACUUGACCGAGGCGGAAUACAAGUGGCACGGCCGCUACGGCUGCUGCUAUUGGUGCAACAGCACCAAGCACAGACCUCCCAAUGCCCGAAUCAAGGCAAGGAGGAUGUUCGGCCUCGUAUCAACUCGGGAAACUGAGUCGCUCAGGAGUCCCAUGCACCCUUCGAUCAGUUGCCACGUGGUGUCCGCCGCAAGCAUGCGAGCUUCCAUCAUCAGAGACGACAUCGAGGAGAUGGGGGUAUGUUUUCUCCACGCCCUCCCGCCCCAUGACGCUUCAUCAACGGACUCAUCUUCGGACCCACACAUCACCGAGCUUCUCGAUGCCUACAACGACGUGUUCGAAGGCCCGCACGGAGUAGUACCGGAUCGGCCCAUCCGCCACGAGAUCAUCCUCGAGGACGGGGCCGUACCUCCGUGCGGUUGCAUCUACCGAAUGAGCAAGGACGAGUUAAGUGUGCUACGGGCACAACUCGACGACCUUCUGGAGAAAGGCUGGAUUCGGCCUAGCUCAUCGCCAUACGGUGCUCCUGUUCUCUUCGUCCGGAAGAAGAACAAGGAUUUGCGGUUGUGCGUCGAUUAUCGCAAGCUCAACGCGCAAACGAUCAGAAACGCCGGCCCUCUCCCACGCAUCGACGACCUUCUCGAACGACUGGGCGGCGCCAAGUUCUUCUCCAAGUUGGACCUCAAGUCGGGAUAUCACCAACUCGAGAUUCAGGAGGAGGACCGCUACAAGACCGCGUUUAAGACGCGAUAUGGGCAUUUUGAAUGGCUGGUUAUGCCAUUUGGCCUUACGAAUGCCCCGGCCACUUUCCAAGCGGCUAUGACAACGGAGUUCCGACACAUGCUGGAUCGAUUCGUACUUAUCUACCUCGACGACAUCCUGGUGUACAGCCGGCGGAGUUUGCCGACGAAGCAAGCCCCGCAAUCGCAACCCCUACGGCGAGUUGCGCCCGAUGCCUAUCCCACGGGAACCCGGCCUCUCCAUUUCCAUGGAUGUCGCCGGACCAUUUCCUCGCGUGACUCGGGCACGACGGCAUCCUCACUGUUGUGGACCGUUUGAGUAAGUAUGCGCGUUUUCUCCCUUGCAAGUACUACUCCACGGCUCCCGAGCUGGCACGCCU